AUGGUUCACUACAAACUCUAUUAUUUUGAUAUUCGCGGGCUAGCUGAGCCUAUCAGAAUGGUUUUUUUGGCGUUAUUGAAAAAUUUCAGUAAGAAAUAAAAAGUUUCAGUUGUUCAAAUUAGCCAAAGUUGAUUUCGACGAGGUCCGCUAUAGCUUCGAAGAAUGGCCAGCAGCGAAAAAGAGUUUGAAGGAAUUUAUUCAUAGAAAUCCAAGAAAAUUUCUCAGCGACCCCGUUCGGAAAGGUUCCAGUGCUGGAGAUUGAUGGAGCGCCGAAUUUUCAGUCGUUGGCCAUCACGCGAUAUUUGGCUCACAAAUUCGGUAGGCUUGAAUAACAAUGAAUGGAAUCGAAAAUGCUUUAGGAUUCGGCGGAAAAGACUUGGAAGAGCAACUUUUAGUUGACAGUUGGUCGGAGCAACAACGCGAAUUGUUGUGGGAGUUUCAUAGGCCUUAUGUUAAUGCCAGCAUGUUUGAGAUAAAGCCUAAAGAAGAACAGGUUUUUUUGAAUUUAAAAUAAAGAAAAAGGAAGAUUUCAGGCAAAAAUCUUGGAAAAUCUAAGGAUUGAGUUUGAAAAAUGGACCAUCAAAGUUGAGGGGCAGCUAAAAAUCUCGGGUUCAGGUAGUUUCUCAAUUAUUUGCUUUUACACUGAUUAUUAUUUUUAGGCUUCAUCGCCCCUAGUGGCUUAACCUACGUAGACCUCCAAAUCGUGGAAUUUGCGACUUCCAUGAAAAUUAUUCUACCGGAUUCUGUUGAGAAGUUUCCCCAGGUUAGUUCGAAAUCAAAUUUUCAGUUGCAAAAUUAUAAUUUCAGUUUUUGGAUUAUUACAAAUCGGUCCACGAAGUGCCGGAGAUCAAGGAACACGUCGAAACUAGAAAAACAAUGCUUUUAUUGACUUUCUUUAAUUUGAAUAAAUUUUUUUAAAAAUUCUUUUUCAUUUAGUAUGAGUUUAAUGGUAUAAAAAGCCAAUGUAUAUAUAUUUUUUUUCGAGGCUUGUGUCUGUAAAUCAUGAACAUUUUUUUAAAAAUAAUUGCAAUUUUAAAAAAACAUAAAAAAAGGGUUGAAUGUGCACGAAAAAAAGCUUAUUUCGGUAACGAGGUAAUUUUGAUACCGUUCCUUCAAACUUUAUUUAAAAAAACUUUGAAUCGCAGAAAUUCCUACCGAUUUUUUUUGCUACUUCCGCCCGUCAGAUAUGAUGUUUCUUGUGCAUUCACCCCAUACGAAAUUUAACAUACUUCAAAAAAAUUUUUUUAAAUUCUUUGAAGUUUUAAUUUUUAAAGCUUUUCAGCCAACUUUUUUUACUAUUCAUUUUUUUCACGGAGGCAUAGUUUGGAUAUGGAAAAAUGAAACUAUUUUUUUAGUUAACCCGUUAUUUUUUUGUUGGAUAAAAAAACAUCAAAAAAAUAAGAAAAAGUUCCUGCAAAUUUUUUUUUCUUCCAAAUCGUUCUUUGAAGUUUGCAACGAUUGAAGUUUGAUCAUCGUUUCUAGCCUACAUUUAAUCGCAAAAAUCAUGACAAAGCCUUUUCGAACGGAAAACACAGAGACCAAUCGGCAACCGGUUUAAACCGUGGUUAGGGACACGGAAAUUUGCGAUAUAAAAGAAAAGACAUUUGAAAUUGUGCAACAGUUUCCCACGUUCCAAAUGCCCCACUACAAGUUGAUUUACUUUGAUUUCCGAGGCCUCUGCGAGCCUAUUCGAAUGGUAUUUCAAUACAUUUUAUGUUAAAAUUGUACAUUUUUCAGCUCUUCCGAUUGGGUCACACGGAGUACGAAGAUUUCCAACUCUCGUUUGAUGAGAGGAACACCUUGAAGUCAAGUAAAUAUUGUUCUAGAAAUGUUAAAAAUGGAAAAAAUGAAUUUUUAGCGACACCUUGGGGCAAAGUUCCGGUGCUCGAAAUCGAUGGCGAGCAAUAUUUCCAGUCCCUCGCCAUUGCUCGCUACUUGGCUCAUAAAUUUGGUAUAUUUUGUGAGAUUUAUCUAUCUUAUUUGUUCUGUAAGAAGACUAGAAAGAAUUUCGCAACUAGCUUAAGCCACCAAAAAAAUGGGUCCUGACACGAUAAUGCACGAGAUAGUGCCUGGUUUCUGGAGAGCGCAGACAGGCCACGCCCCUUGGUUAGCCAGGAAUCGAAAUCUAGAGCCAAAAAUCCUUUUAGUGAUCACUUGAAGUUUUUUUUUAAUUGAAAAAUAAAUUAUACAUGUUACCAUUAUUAUUCCUGUAGCCUCAAAAUCACUAAAGGGUUCACUAAAGCUUGCAUUCAUUCAUUAAAAGUUUCACGUUCCGAAAAAUUAUUUUUAAAACUGGGAUGAGCUAGGUAAUAUUGAAAAUAGCUUAUCAUAGAUCAGCUAUAAGAAUUGUAAAUCUAGAGGCCAAGAAACGGAAUAUAAGAACUUUUCACUCUAAUGUCUCGCUGUGAACCUAAUUUUGAUUUGUCAGGAUUUGGCGGAAAAAGCCUGGAGGAGCAGCUUCUGGUCGACGGCUGGGCUGAGCAACAGCGUGAAUUCGCCUUUGAAUACUUCAAACCAUAUGUGAUGGCCACCGUCUACGAUGUCAAGCCCCUUGAAGAGCAGGUUUUUCAAUUUACUUUACCAAAAAUUGCCCCAUUUCCAGAAAAAAGAAACAAAAUACUUUGAAAAAGGCUCCAUCGACUGGCUCAAAAGGGUAGUCGAGCAAGUGGAGAAAUCUGGCUCAGGUAUUUUUUUUUCGUGGCCUGAAAAAUCACGGAAUUUUUCGUAGGCUUCCUGGCGCCUUGCGGCCUAACCUACGCCGACCUUUUCGUCGCUGAUCAAAUAACGACAAUGAAAAAUUUGUUCGCCGACACUGUCAUUGGAAUCCCAGGGGUGAUUCAUUAUUCUACUGGUAAAAUGAUCCGGAUAAUCAUUGUUUGAAGGUCGAGGACUACUACAGACGGGUUCAUGACGUUCCAGAAAUCAAAAAGUACGUCGAAACACGCAAGCACACCGUAAUUUGA